UGCCUUGUGGGAUUUUUGGGAAUUUGGAAAUGGUUGAAAAGGAGCGGGAGGUCUUUAUGGUCAGAUGGGGCGACAUGGGCUUGAUCUUUUUGAGUAAGAUGGGAUCAAUAUAGUUGCCGAAAAAUUUUAGUAACUGGCCAGCAUCUGUUGUACUGAGGAUCCCCGAGGAUUUUUUCUUCUUCGUAGUCAGAUUUUUUUAGCAUCUCAACUCUGGCGAGGACUUCUAUGAAGCCUGCAAAAUUAGGAGUUGUUCUUCGUAACUGGGAUCUGAUAAUUUGGUGGAAAGAUUCAAGACCGUUGUUAGUGAUAGCGAGGUCAUUGAAGUUGUGAAGUUUGUGGUAGUAGUUCCAGUCUUGGAUUUUAUAUAGCCCGUCCAUCCAUGUGUGCUCGAAAUAGUCGAGAAAUGGCAGAAAAGUGGAGUUUUUGGUUAGGAAUUGGUCUUUUAGAGAUAGGAAUUUGUGGUAGGCUUGGUCAGGAGAUCUAAAGGCAAGAGUUUUUAGAGAGAAUAUUAGUUGCUUAGUUUGCCAUAAGAGCUGUUUCCUCUUUAAUCCAUGUUUACCAGCAUUCAACCAAAGAGCUUUGACAAAGUGAAAAAACAAGGUACUAAGCUUGCUGAAGGGAAAAUCUCCUUUGAUGAUUUUAUCAAACCUAUUUCAAAAUCGGUUGUGAUAAACUUUGGGGAUAGAUCAAAUUCAGAUUUUAUCCAGUUGAAAACGCUUAAGUAUCCUUGGUACUUCUCAGUUUGCAUUAAAACAUGACCUAUUGGAAUGUAUAAGCCCUUUGCUCUAUGAAAUAUUCAGAUAUUCAGCAGCUGAGUCCACGUCUUUGGGCAUCAUUUGAAGGUCCCAUCAACAAAAAGAUGUAAGUUUGGAUCAUUAUUUCACUUCCUUGACUACUUGCAUUUGGAAAUCUGAGUAAAGGUAAAAGAAAUGUUUUGGCUUUCCAUCAACCAAUACAAAGCUAAAUCCUCUCCCGAAUUGAUCAUUGCGAAGUGUUUUUAUAUUCUUGACAUCUAUCAUGCCUGGCCCAUCAAGAUUUGGAGCUCGCUUAGCCCUCUCUUUUACUAUGAUCUGAUGCAUAUAUUUCCUCUCAAGAGGUUCAGCAUUAGGGAAAAGUUGCCUUGAUAUUAGCAAUUGCUUGUGAAGUUGUCAAAUUAGGAUCUUUUCUGGACAAAACUUCAACCAUUUUGGUAACUUCUUUCUUAGUGAGAAUCUCAUUCUUGCUUCCACUAGUUGAAGCCAUUGCUUUGGAAUACUUUUUUCAGACAGAUUCUUCACAAUUAUGAGAAUGAUUAUCUUUCGAGAUGGAAUGCGAAACAACAAGUUUUCCAUAUUCUCCAUUAAACAUCAAUGGUUUAAUCUCCCAUUUCCCAGAGCACCCUAGAGUUUUCUUAUCUUGUCAAUAAUAUGUGGCUCUCAUGACUUUUCUAAUUGCUCUUUUAUAUGGCAGAGACCUUGUGUAAACAUACCCUUCUCUUAACAAAGUAGAUCUGUCUUUGUCGUAGUCAACUAUCUGAAAUCUCUCAUGUUCUCCAAGACCAGGUUCGCUGUCCUCUGAGUCACUAUCAUGCUGUAAGUGGCUGAUGAUGUCAUUCUUCUCAGUACGCUCCUCAAGGUCAUCUUCAUGCUCACUGCUACAGAUGCCUCUCUCUAGGUAUAAUCAUAAUUUAAGAAUAGAAGGCUCAGCUAGAGAUGCAAGAUUAUAAGCAGACUGUAGAUCAUCAUUACAAGAUAUCAAGCAUUUCUCUGCAUUAUAAUCAAAGUAAUACAUUAUGAAAUCUUCAUUAGUGAUUGGAGCACCAGUGGAUCCUUUGGCGUUCUCCCUGAUCGUGAACUUCAACUCCUUGAAAGACAUUGGUAGUUUAUCUAAGAACUUUCUCUGAGUUUUGUAGCAUAACUUGAUUUGCAACAAUUUCUUCUCUUGUGAAAUAUUUUGAUCUUUUUCAGUCAAAAAUGUCAUUUUCUUCGUAGAGGGAUUCGCAUGAAAAGAUGCAUGACCUUUGUCUUCCAGAGAUUGAAAGACUUUAUCGAAACUGGAAACUUUGUCAAAAGCAUCAAAGUUCUUUCUGAGUUGAAUAAACUCCUUUUUAUUUUGUUCCUUUAAAACUCUCUUUUUGCAAAUAGGUUGGUCUACUGACUUAUUUCAAUAUUUCAAUUCUUUUAGUG